GGCAAAUUUGUUUCAUUCAUCGCCAAAAACAUCGAUUAGGUACUUAUCGAUAUUUUGCGCAUUGUUGUCUCAAAAAAUUGUAAUAAUAAACCCGAAAUAUGAACAAGGAUAAUUCCAGCAUGAAUAUGGACCCAAAACUGGCUCUGCGCCUGCUAGCCGAAGGCGCCGUUUUGGCCGUCGCCGGCGUUCCUGAGGGCACCGAAUUCGGCAUCGAUUUGUGCGCCUACACCAUCGGUCCGGACUUUCGAGGCGUCAAGAUGAUACCGCCCGGCGUCCACUAUGUGUGGUGUGCCUCCCGUGGUCCCUAUGGCGAUGCAGCUCCACGGGUAGGCUUCGUUCAUUUCUUUCACGCCAAUGAGAUCGUGGUGCGCGAAUGGGACAACGAAUUAGAGGAGCUCCGACCCCGCAAGAUCGCCGCGCCAGAGCUGGAGCGCGAGCGGAUCCGCAAGAAUCUAGCGCAGCUGGAGCGUGUGCUCGCACCCUACGAUUACCGCUAUGUGGCGCAGUGGAAGGAGCUAACGGGCAGCGUGACAGAGCCCUGCGUGGAGCGAUGUAGACCCGCCGAGGGCAUCAUUCGCACCAAUAUCGAACUGCAGUCAUGUCCAGAUGCAGAACGUCCCCGAGGCGGAGCGGGUGCGAGCAGCACUGGAAGGCGGAACACGGCCGCUCGAUUAUUGCUGGACGAGAGCGAGCUCUUGCCGGAUCUGAAGCCCGUAGAGGGAACUGCGCCCCGCUUCAGUGACUUGCCCCUACGUGUUCCACAAAACGCCCUACCCGCCGACGUUUCUCGCCACGCCAUGGACUGCAUAGCUGCGGUGGAUGAGCUGCUCACCAGCUUCGACUCCGCCGACGGUCUGAUAGAGGAACUGCAACUGGCCUAUGCCUUUUUCCUGGUCGGCUACUCCGUGGAGUCGCUCGCUCAUUGGCGCAAGCUCCUCGGUCUGCUUGCGCACUCUGAAACGGCGGUAAGCAGACACAAACUCACGUAUAUGAAGUACAGCGAAGUGUUGGCCCACCAACUGCCACACCUGCCCGAGGAGCUAAUGGUGCCCGGUCCUCACAAUAGCGUUUUCAAGGAUGUUCGAGAAUUGCUGGUGAAUCUGCAUUCGGGUGGCCUAAGCGUAAGCGCCGAACGGCUGACGAAGCGGCUGGAAAAGAAGCUGGGCUGGUAUUUCGAGGGUCUGCUGGACGAGAAUCCCGAAGAUCAGCCCGUAAUCAUCGAUCUGGAAGCGGACAGCUAGGGAAUGUGCGCUGAGCCAAUGCUAACUUGUAACUCGUAUAUAUUUAUACAAUAAUAAAUUAGAGUGUAACUGAAA